AUGCCCGACAAGAGAAAGGGCAGCAUGUCGUCCCCUUCUGCCAAACGCCCUCGGUUAUCCCAUGAGAACGAAGAGGGUCCAUCGCAACCAUACGAACAACCACGUCAGAAUAAUGUCUACGGGCAGAAAGGCGCAUUUCCCGGUCUGGACGACGGCGGCGAUGAACUUUUUUAUGGCCCAGCGGAUGAUGGGUUAGAAUAUCUGCGCAUGGUCCGAUCGGAAGCAAACGCCCUACCUACCCUGUUCCUCGCGCGCACUCAACACUCAGCUACACAAGAGUCGGAUUCAAGUCAGCAGAAUGAAUCGGAACAGUCUAGCGCAACAAGACCUUCCAUGCCGAUUGGAUUUUUCGCGCAGGAGUCUGCCUACGUCGCUCCUGCGGUGGAUACAAACAAACUCCAGGACGUGCACUCUCCAUCCAGACUCGAAGAACUGUACCCCAGCGCGCAAGUCUCCUACUACAAUCUCCUUCGACAUCGCUUUAUCCUCCUGAGGUCAACUCUUCGGUGUAGUCCACCCGCUGAAGCUAUCCGUGCCCUCGACGACCUCCACCCCAUCAGUCUCCCUCACAAUGCCGGAGCUGCGCACAAAGAGUGGCGUCGCCUCCUGAUGGCAGUCGAUCCGCAAAUGGUCCAAGUGGCAUGUAUGGACAUGGACAGUGUGCUGGAAGUACUGGAGAUACUGGCGCGAAUGAUGUCUGAUGUCGUGCGGAGUGAAGACCCUGAGCGCAUACGACGCAUCGGAGCUUGGGCGUGGGCUUUGCUUGGCAAAUGUCGCGAGGUCGGACAGCUCGCUACGGAGGAGGUUGGAAUUAUUCGAAACCUGGGGAAACGAGCCGCGACAAUCUUGCGCAAAGUGCAAGAGACAGAGAAUAACCGAUCCCAAGAGACCGAGUCUUCUGUUUCGAAUGGAGAGGCUGAAGAAGAUGGAUUAGAUGGCUCGGCACCCAAUGCGGAUCAAACAACCAACGAAGACGAAGCCCAAGACGCUUCGGGAUCUGCCACAGAGGAUAUCCUCGAAGUGAAAUGUGAUAACUUGCCCGAUGCAUCAUCUCUGGAGCAAGCUGAGUUAGAAGCUGCUAAAGCAGCUCUGCAAGCUCGAUUGCAGAACAGUGAUGAACCUGUUGCAACUUCCGCUAGCCUUGAUGACGAUUAUCUGGUCAAACAAACUCGCGCUCUGCUCGACAUGGUCAUCACGGUAGUGGGUGAGUUCUAUGGUCAACGCGAUUUGCUGGAGACUCGAGAGAUUUGGAGUUAG